UGAUGAGCGUGGUGUCCUCAGAUUGUUCAUCCUUUUUGGCAGUUGGAAGCUUGAAACUCUUUAUAUAUCGAUAUUUAUUAAGACAGUUUGUGGAUUAAGGCGUCGCAUCUAGUUUCCAGCGAUGUGGGAUCUGUGCUAUAGCGUUGCAGAGCUGGGCUUCCUAGUACUUUGAAAGAGUCCGCAAAGAUGGCUCUAGCACGUUCUUCCGUCCUUCAACUGCUUAGACAAUCCACCUCUGGUAGGGCUGGGCUUUUAGCAAGUAUUCUGAAUAGAGCUGGAGCUCAUAAGCAGCAAGUUACGUCAACUUAUGAAGCAAUCCAAUGUGGCGCUUCUGCUGAACCUCGGGGGACAAAUGUGACCAGAUCUUUCCGAGCUGGGACAAACGUGAUGCAUGCAGCAAAGGUCAAAGGUCAGAGAGAUGCGGAGGAUUUCAUAGAAGAUUAUCCUGCGAUUGCUGAGGGCCCUCCUCGGGGGCGCUUCAUUUCCAAGUCAGAAGAGGAGGUCUUUGAAGACCACCGAAGAUCAUCAGUCCUACGCUGCAUGGGGGCAAGACAACAAGUCAGCAGCAAGAGACACAUUCCUAUGGUCAGGGGGAGGUGUUGA